AUGCCACAAAUCGGCUGGUAUGGGCUCGGGUCCAUGGGCCUAGCAAUGGCUUCCAAUCUCCAGCGCCACCUAGCCACGAAGAAGGCCUUGGGCCUGAUGUACUCGAACCGCACGAUGGCGCGCGGAUCACCCCUGCAAGCGCUGGGAGCAAUCGCAGAACCCAAUUUCGAGAAAAUGGUGUCUCAAUGUGGAAUCAUUUUCACCAUGGUCUCGAAUGACUCAGUGCUUCAAAGCUUGCUAUCCACGGCCAUGAGUUCAAGCCAGUCCCUGAAGGACAAGAUCUUCGUCGACUGCUCAACAGUGCACCCCGUGACGGUAAGAUCGGCUGUCUCGCAGCUAAAAAGCAAGGAUGCAUCGUACGUAGCAGCGCCGGUCUUCGGCGGGAACCCAAUCGCCGUGGAUGGCAAGCUUGUUUUUGCCAUUGGUGGUCCUAAAAGUGCAACCGAGGCCGUCAAACCUCUGAUCCAAGAUGUGAUGGGUCGGCGCGUGAUUGAUUGCGGCGAGGAUGCUACAAAGUCUUCGCUUUUGAAAAUCGCGGGUAACAUUGUUACUGUCAAUAUGAUGGAGGCUGUUGGUGAGGCUCAGGUCUUUGCUGAGAAGACCGGUCUUGGAACUGGUCCCAUGGAGGAGCUCAUUGGUGAGGCUUUUGGUCCUGUUGCUGGAGGGUAUUCAAAGAGAUUGACUACCGGGGCUUAUGCGCCGCCUUUGGACUCACGUCCUGGCUUUGGGGUUUCCCUCGCUAUUAAGGAUGCUAGACAUGCCAUGUCGAUGGCUCAGGAGCAGGGAGUUGAGCUUCCUGGCCUUGAGGUUGCUCGGGCUAACAUGGAGACCGCAAGAGAAUAUGGCGGGGAGUGUCUGGACAGCAGUGCGAUGUACGGGACUCUGCGCCAGAAAGCUGGUCUGGAGUUCUGGAACGAGAAGAGCAGGAGAGAGUAA